AUGGUUAAAUGUUCUCCAGAAAGCCAACCUAUAGCAAACCCAAAUAAAAACGAAUCCCAAAAUAUCACUCAAAAUCUCCUCCUAUCUUUAGAAAAAUUUGAACAGGAAGAGCAAUAUGUAACCUCUUCUGAUGAAAGCGAGCAAUUUGAAGAUCCCAGCCCCUGAAAGCCAAAAAUUCUGUGCUCCACAGACCACGUAGAAAAAUACAACAAUACAAUUGUAGGCUGUUUAAUUAACUAUAGAAACUUCCUUGGAGUGGCGCUGCAAGCGCAGGCCACUCCAUGGGGAAUUCAUGGGUUGGUCGAACCAACGCACAGUUUUGGUUCGACCAACUCCUAUGUUGGUUAAACCAACACAGGAAUUUCACAUGGAGUGGCCUGCACUUGCAGCGCCACUCCAAGAAAAGAAGUAUAUAUGAGACCUCGUGGCCCAACAAGAAUCGAAGAUCUAAUUGAUCACGUAAAAACAAAAAUGCAUAAAUUAAAAAGCCUAUCUGGCAAGCCAUACAGGAAAAAUGCAGUUGAGCUGGUAGAUUAUGCACUUACAAAUGAACCAAAAAUAUUUUUAUUGAACGAUAGUUUUCACUACUAUUUAAAUGUAUUGUAAUUGCCCGAGGAUGGCGCUAUCUUACGCCAUCCUCGGGCAAUUUAAAAAAUGGCCCACACCGGGAAUUGAACCAACGUGUGGGGCCAUUUUUGGUACGUGGAAGUCGAUGUUCUCCACAUACCAAAAAUGGUGCAAGAUAGCGCCAUCCUCGGGCAAUUCCUAUAACAGAUAAUUAGGAAGACUGCGCUGAUGCGUAUGAAAAGCUGCACAAAAGAGGCAAAAACAGAAAAAAGGAAAUGACUAGACAAGAAGAGGCGGAAAAUUAUAAAAAGAAAAGAAAUAAACAUAAAGAGAUAAAAACAAAAAUCCAAUCUCAGCUGGAAUACCAAAAUGAAGAUGUCUCCACUUUAAUUAAAGCAUAUGCAAUGCUGACAUCAGAAAAUCCUAUGGUAGCGGCCGAAGUAAAAUUUAGAAUCAACGACCUUUAUAGAGCAUUAAAAUAA